UUUGAACUUAGUUUUGAACAUCUCCCCUUCAAAACUCGAAGGGAGAGAAGGAAAUUUCCCUGAGGAAGAGAUUAAGUUUCAACUUUCUCAUCCCAACUUCCCAACGUAAAAUCUCCUUUGUUCUCCAAAUCAAUGGAGAACAGGGAUGAUGACGUGGAGAACAUAAGCAUCGACCACGAAGGUUCAUCAAAUCCACAACUAGUGCAUCGAAGGAAGACCAAGAAUGAACAAGAAGAAGAAGAACAAGAAGACGGAAUACCACCUAGUGUGGAACAGGUCUUUGAGAACACGAAGGUUCCUUCAUGGAAAGAUCAGCUCACUGUGAGAGCCUUCGUGGUUUCACUGUUGCUAUCAGUUCUUUUCAGUUUCAUAGUCAUGAAGCUGAAUCUCACCACUGGUAUCAUUCCUUCCCUGAAUGUCUCUGCUGGGCUUUUAGGGUUCAUCAUGUUGAAGACAUGGACAAAGUUGCUUGAGAAAGCUGGUAUGCUCAAACAACCUUUCACGAGGCAAGAGAAUACUGUCAUCCAGACCUGCAUUGUUGCAAGUUCUGGAAUCGCUUUCAGUGGUGGUUUUGGCAGUUACCUCCUUGGAAUGAGUGGGGCUGCAGCAAAGCAAGCAGGAGAAUUUACUGAUGCUAAAAAUAUUAAGGACCCACAAAUUGGAUGGAUGAUUGGAUUUCUCUUUGUUGUUAGUUUCAUUGGACUCUUCUCUGUUGUGCCUCUUCGGAAGAUCAUGAUCAUUGACUUUAAAUUGAUUUACCCAAGUGGCACUGCAACCGCGCAUCUUAUAAACAGCUUCCACACUCCUUCAGGAGCCAAACUGGCUAGGAAACAAGUCAAGACAUUGAGUAGGUUCUUCAGCUUCAGCUUCUUGUGGGGUUUCUUUCAAUGGUUCUUCACUGGAGGGGAUGAUUGUGGAUUUGCUGCCUUCCCUUCGCUUGGUCUAGAAGCCUAUGCCAGGAAGUUUUACUUCGAUUUCUCCGCGGUUUACGUUGGGGUUGGGAUGAUCUGUCCAUACAUUAUAAACAUAUCUGUAUUGGCUGGAGGGGUUUUAUCAUGGGGUGUUCUGUGGCCCAUUAUAGAAAGUAAGAAAGGUGUUUGGUAUUCUGCAAAACUCAAACCUACCAGUCUCCAUGGCGUACAAGGUUACAGGGUUUUCAUCUCAAUUGCCAUGAUACUUGGAGAUGGUUUAUACAACUUUGUGAAGGUGCUGAGCCGAACGAUAAUUAGCUUUGUACAACAAAGUAAGGGCAAAAACAAAGCGGCUAUCUCUAUUGAAGAAGAAAACUCAACAGGAACAUCCCGAAUUAUCUCUUUUGAUGAUGAACGGCGAAAGAAAAUGUUCAUCAAAGACCAAAUUCCAUCCUGGUUUGCAGUUGGAGGCUAUGUUGGUUUGGCUGUUAUCUCCACAAUUGUUUUACCAUUUAUCUUCCACCCACUCAAGUGGUACUACAUCUUGGUCAUAUACGUAUUUGCACCCGUUCUAGCGUUUUGUAAUUCAUAUGGGUGUGGUCUCACUGAUUGGUCCCUAGCCUCCACAUAUGGGAAACUUGCUAUCUUUGCAAUUGGCUCAUGGGCUGGUGCAUCCCAUGGUGGAAUUCUAGCAGGUCUUGCAGCUUGUGGUGUUAUGAUGAACAUCGUCUCCACCGCUUCGGACCUUAGCCAGGACUUCAAGACUGGGUACUUGACCUUAGCUUCACCAAGGGCUAUGUUUGUAAGCCAAGUGAUUGGAACUGCAAUGGGUUGUGUUAUCUCCCCUUGUGUCUUCUUACUCUUCUACAAGGCUUUUCCUGAUCUUGGUCAACCUGAAUCAGCAUAUCCAGCCCCUUUUGGAGUUGUGUACCGUAGCAUGGCUAUGCUUGGUGUUGAAGGCUUCUCAGCUCUGCCAGCCCAUUGCCUUGAAAUUUGCUAUGGGUUCUUUGCAUUAUCAAUUGUCAUAAGUGGGAUCAAAGAUUGUCUAGGAAAGAAAUGGUCGCAGUAUAUACCAAUCCCAAUGGCCAUGGCAAUACCAUUCUACCUUGGAUCUUACUUUGCCAUUGACAUGUGUAUUGGAAGUUUGAUAUUAUUUGUGUGGGAGAAGUCAAACAAGAGAAGGGCAGAUGCAUUUGCGCCGGCGGUUGCUUCUGGUCUGAUCUGUGGAGAUGGGAUAUGGUCUUUGCCUGCUGCGGUACUUGCUUUGGCUAAGUUGAGUCCACCCAUCUGCAUGAAGUUCUUGUCAAGCGCAGUAAAUGCGAAAGUUGAUACUUUUUUGAACCCUUCUUAAGACGGUCAUUAUUCAGUCCUUUGUUAAUCUGUAUGUUGCACGACUAACUCUGUUGGAUAAUGUCCAUAUAUUUACUUAUGUCAAAUUGUGAGGAAUAACUGAAGGGUUUAGAAAAUUAGAUGUGGUGACAUCUAAUGUAAUUCAGUUGAGAAUCUUAUCAUCAUUCAGUUAUUAUUGUACCCCAAAACUCCUCACAUUUGAACCUUCAGAGGUUAUUAAUUCCGUCCAAGUUCAUGUAAUGUUAUGACCUCAAAGCAGAAUGGACGACUCAAUAAAACAUGAGCCAGUGAAUGUAUAGGUAAUGCAUUGAGAAGGGAAAAUGAUCAUUAUGUACAGUUCUUUAUUAAAGAAACCUGUGAGAUUAUAGAA